GCUACAUCACACGCUCUCUGCCCGGCUACCUCGACGUUACUCAACACCCCAGGGCUACACUUACCAGGAUCUACCUCUGAUGUUUUGAGUUUGAAACCUUUGGAGCCAGUGAAGAAAAAAACAACCAGACGCGUACACAACCCAAUGGUGCUGACAACCAGAUCAAGUUCGUAAACAACCCGAUGCCAACCCGCUAAAGCGCCGGGUGUUCGGUCUUUAACACGUGACUAUGGCCAGCUUUUUACGACGCCGGAGAGGAUUUCUCCUGAAACUUUUGGUGGCCAUCCCGCUCUUGUACAUCAUCUCCAUCUUCGUCUUUAGCAAACGGACGUUUUCAUUACUGGAGGGUGGUGGGGAGGGCAAGCAGCACCGUGAGCUGGAGGAGAACCACGAGGAGUUCCAUCGCGUCCAUAGAGUGGAGGUCACCAUGAAGAUAACAGACAGGCCCAGGACGGAGCGUCUGGAACCUGUCAUAGAGAAGGUCGCUGACCCCGAGCCUGUCCAGCACAACCAGCAGAACCAACAGAACCAGCAGAACCUGGUCAAGAUUGCGCCGUUACCCAAAGUAGACUUUGAUCCCAACGCUCCAGGUGAGAACGGGAAAGGUGUGACGAUAGAGAAAGAGAAGCUGUCUGAAGUGGAGAGGAAGAAGUUUGACGAGGGCUGGAAGAACAACGCCUACAACCAGUACGUCAGUGAUAUGAUGUCACUGCACAGGAGUCUACCUGACGUCAGAGACAAGGAAUGCCUUGACCAGCUGUACCACACAAAUCUACCAGACACCAGUGUGGUCAUCUGUUUCCACAACGAGGCCUGGUCAGUGUUGCUGAGGACAGUCCACAGCGUGCUGGACAGGUCGCCAGCUCACCUCCUCAAGGAGAUUAUUCUAGUCGACGACUUCUCCGAUAUGGAGCACCUGAAGAAACCACUGGAAGAAUACGUGGCCAAGCUGGGCAAGGUGAAGAUCACCCGAACCCUUCAGAGAGAGGGUUUGAUCCGGGCUCGCCUCUCAGGGUUCGCCAUAGCCACGGCCCAGGUGGUCACGUUCCUUGAUUCACAUUGUGAAUGUGCUGAAGGCUGGCUGGAACCCCUGCUGGACAGGAUAGCCAUCAAUGAGACGAUAGUUGUCUGCCCUGUGAUAGACGUGAUAGAGGACGACACCCUCAAGUACCAGUACAGCAGCGCCAAGGCCACCAGCAUUGGAGGCUUUGACUGGAACAUGCAGUUCUCAUGGCAUGGUAUUCCAGAGUUUGAGAGACAGAGAAGGGCCAGCGAUGUCGCCCCAAUCAAAUCCCCCACCAUGGCUGGUGGCCUGUUUGCAAUCAGCAGAAGAUAUUUUGAGAAACUUGGCACCUACGACCCAGGCAUGGAUAUCUGGGGUGGGGAAAAUUUAGAGUUGUCUUUCAGGGUGUGGAUGUGUGGAGGAUCCCUGGAGAUUAUACCCUGCUCACACGUGGGGCACAUCUUCCGCAAGCGCUCACCCUACAAGUGGAAAACUGGCGUCAAUGUGGUCAAGAAAAAUUCCAUUCGUCUGGCCGAAGUUUGGAUGGACGACUACAAGAACUAUUAUUACGAACGCUUUAAUUUUGAUCUGGGAGAGUAUGGUGAUGUGUCCGCACGUAAAGAGUUGAGGAAAAAUCUAAACUGCAAGUCCUUCGCCUGGUACAUUAAAAAUGUUUAUCCUGAUCUCUUUGUGCCUGGUGAAGCUUUAGCCUCAGGGGAGAUCCGCAGCAAGGCCAAGCCCAUGUGUAUAGACAGCCCAACAGACCACAACAGCUACCAUAAAGCUGUCAACAUGUGGGCGUGUCACAACCAGGGAGGCAACCAGUACUGGAUGCUGAGCAAGAAUGGGGAAAUCAGGCGAGAUGAUGGAUGCUUGGAUUACUCAGGGGGAGAUGACGUGAUUAUCUACCCCUGCCAUGGGCAGCGAGGCAAUCAGGAAUGGUUGUACAAGGAGGACAACACACUUGUACAUGCCAACACACAGAAGUGUGCGGAGGUGUCUGUGGAUGGUAAGAAGCUGAUGAUGAGGAAAUGUACCGGGGUAGACCGACAGAUCUGGCUGUGGAAGAGGAAGGCGCCAUCAGCUGCAUCUGAAGAGCGUAGACUUGAACAUUCCAAUAUAGUUUGGUAGCACAAAUGAUGCCCCAUGGUCACACCAAGAAGAUCCUCCUCAAGUCAUGGCAAAAUGAUUAAUGGUCAUGUGAAUUGACUCCUAGUCGCAUGUUCUAGAGAAGUUGGCAUCACACAUGGGUUUACAUCUAGGCCAACUGCGCAAGUCCCAAAAUUUGCUAUACACUUUUUUUAAGAAACAAUAAAACAAAUUAAAUUAGAAUUUUUGUUUGAUUCAUGUCCCUUUGUUUUAGCCAAUUCGAUUUUAGAAUUAAAAACUUAUUCAAUUUGAAAGAUUUUUUAAAUUUAAACUUUUUAAAAUUCGUUGUUAAUAAUUAUUAACAUUUGUUUUUCUUUACAAAAUGAAUGUUAAAACCUUGCUUAAAAUUUGUUUGGGCCGUGAAUUUACUUUGAUCAUGUUGUGAUAAGAUUUUAUUCACCAGCUUGUAAAUGCUAAAUCAAAUGGUAUCAGAUGAGUGUCAUGUAAUAAUGAGUGGGCUGUGAAUGAUUUUUGGCCUUAUACAAGCUGAUCUGGUCUGUUAUGAAUUCAUCCAAUGUCACAUCUUUAUGUGUACCACCAGUGUAUUGAUUUAUUUUACAACUGUGUAUAUUUUUAUGUGUACGACCAGACGUGUGUACGACUAGUGUUGUACAAGUACGACUAUGUGUGAACUGCUGUCAUUAUUUGUCCAUCUUAACAUAGCAAUACAAUACCGUAAUAACACUAAACAUAUUUUGAAUAUUAACCAAACAUUAACAAUUUUUCAAAUUGUAAUACAUUUUUAGAAAUGGAUUACGGGCUAAUGGACCUACAUGUUUGUCCCCUAGACAGUCAUGUUCAGCAUGAGUAUUGUUUCAUACUAAUGCGUUGCCUACUUUGACUAGCCGAUGGAUCAGUAGUUACUGAGUGUUGUGUUCUGCUCAAGUUGCAUGAAGUAUAUUCAACUGUAAUCUUUCUUUGUUUAGCUUUAAACAGAUUGUUGCUUGUGUUUGUUAUCUAUGUGGGAAUUGACUGACUAUCUUAGGGAGGGGGAUAAAUUACUUGUUUAAAGACCAGAAUCUACCUGCAUCUAGAGAUUAACUGACUUUACCUGAGUGUGAGACCAGACUUUACCUGGUUUGAGAAGACAUUACUUUAUGUGCAUGAAGAGAUGACCUGACUUUACCUGAGUGUA